AUGGUUCAAGCACAUUACAUCUCCAACUCAGAUUGUCAGGCAUUAGAUGGCAUAGGAAGCCCAGAACCUAGAUCCCUCACCGUUUACCUGAAUGCUGCCUUCCACCUCCAUGAAUGCAGUCCUCCCGUCGAUGCAGUCCUCUUUGACUCUUCCAUCCCUCAGGGCAGCUCUCUCCGGAGAGAGAAGCUAGUAAAGCAGAUGAGAUCAGUAUGGGACAAGAUCCAAAAAAAUAAAAGAAACCUAAAUAAGGACAGAAUAAUAAAGAGAAGCUGCUCUGUCCAGCUGCAUAUGCCCUGGCCUGUGCAUCUAGAGCUCAGCAUCAGAACCAUCACUGGUCUGACGGACAGAGACAACCACUACCAAAUAGAGAUUUCUUUCAAUAAUGAAGUAAGCAAUCAUGACAUCAAACUGUUUCAUGAAGUGAGAAACUUCAGGUUUAGAUUUUACAAUCAAGAUGCAUCUUUGAAUGAUGACAGAUCUAACUAUUUUGCUGCCCAAGGAGACCAGGCCUUCACCUCUGGAAAGUAUUACUGGGGGCUGGAUGUGGAUGACUCUUUGGCCUGAGCUCUAGGGAUCUCUAGAGAUUCCUGAAUAAGCACUCAUGGCACAGGUGAGCAUGGAUGAGGCAGGAACCCAACUGUAAGUAUGGCAACUCCAUGUGCUAGGGAGCCCUUCUCACCUAAAGCAAAACUUUCUGUAGAAAGUUUUUCUACUUUCAUGGAAUCUCAUUUUAUUGUCAUAAAAUAAAAUAGUGUAAAAUGAAAAAAAAAAAGACUACAUGCAAAAAUUGGAGCCUCACUUGAGCUUUAUACAAUUCAAAAAUCCAACACUGAAGCUAUCUAGGGGCAAUCCCCUGCUCAUCUCGGGCAUCUAUAGUAUUUCUGCUGUACUUUACAUCAAUAGCAAAGAAAAAGAUAAGAAUGUUUAUCCUUUACUUAAAAUAUUUACCUAUUAAGACUUCAAAAUGCUACUUUAAGCUUAAGGAAAAAAAGAUAACUUGGCUUUCAAAACCCAAGUAGAACUAUAGGAUAGGUAAAGAUGGACUUGUGACCUGAUUGUGUACUUUACAAAACCGUAAGAGAUAAUUAUUUUGGAAACUGCUAUUUUCUUUAUACCUUUUUACACUGAUAGUCUAACUAGCAGUAGUAAAAUUUGCUUUAUUUUGGUUAAUGUUU